AAAAUUAAAAAAAAAUGUCUACAACAUUGAAAUAGUUAGAAAAAUCAUGUUUAUCAAUGUUUAUAUUCUACAAAUGUUGAUCUAUACUUAAAAUGUUUACCACGUUACUUGAGAGGAAAACCUGGAGCUUUUGAAAUUUUUUUUUAAAUUAUCUGUGUAGCUAUGAUGCUUCUAUUGCUGAUGGUUUUUCUAAUAUUUUGCCUUGAAAACGGCAGAACCUAUGAAAAAAACACGUCAUUUGAAGCGGUAAUAGUUGGAUUUGAAAGGGACUGUAUACGGCAUAAUUGUCGCCACACUGGAAGAUUUUAUGGAUAUUUUUGGCAUCCUUUCAAAAUAUUGCCGCCAGAGGCAAAACAUAUUCCUUGCAUCGAUCUUUGGGUCCAUUACUGCUAUGAGCCGACUGAUUUUGAUAUCUGUACACAACCCAGGUUUUGGGAUAGGAUUUGCCUUGUUUGGAGUGUCUGCAUCGACGGAAAGGAGACGUGUGAUAACAAUGAAUAUUACUCAUGUCGAUGCAAACGUGGCAAGCCGUACUACUUUAGCAUUCUUCCCAGAUACUUUACUUGGUACAAGAUGGUGUUUACAGAUAACGAGGAGCCAAUAGCUGAAAGCGGCAUAUUUAACGCUCGAGAUUUCCCAGAAGAUUGGGAUCCUUUAGAGAAACCUGACUUCUUAGCGAGCACCAAUGUAGGCUGUCGUGUAAUUUCAGAAUGGAUAGCUGUACUGAAUGGAGUCGUGCUUUCCUUUCGUCUGGCAAAAAUUAUGUUAUAGUCACAUUUUGAGAAGUGUAUAAUGUUCUUGAUACUCGCACAGACGAAUUUAUAAGAUAUAGAAACAUUAUACUUCAAACUUGAUUACACCAACAAUUUUGUAAAGACAAGUAUUUGAUUAGAAGUAAAACUGACUAUUUCAUUCAUACUUAAUGCCUUUAGAGACAUAAAUUGCAUUUAUAAUUAUUAAGAAUUGUUAUAAUAAGAUUUUAUUUUCAAAAAAAAAGUUAUACCUGUUUAUUUUAAUACAUGCAUUUUUUAAAUUUAUGUUUGAAGUUAAAUAAAAAAUACGCAUAGAUGAAUUAAUUAUUAACAGCUAGUUUUAAAUGUAUCAUAGCUUAUGUUUAUUUGUUUGUAGUAGAUCAAAAACAAUACAAUAAUUGAAAAUGUAUUUCGGCAUGAACUUUAAAAUUACUGUAGUGAAAACCUGACAUAAUUU